UUCCUGCGUGAGUUUCCCGCGAACCCGGCCCCGUGUAUCCUGGGUGAAGUGGUGCAGGAGUGCGAGGACACGGUGCUAAGGUUCUUCUCUCUGCACUCACAUAACAAACCUGCAGAUUCGCAAACAUGGCGAAGCAAAGCUCUCUGUUCAGCUUCUUCGCCAAGUCUCCGCCGCCGGCCUCCAAGCCCAAGCCGAAGCCCAGUCCCUCUCCGACCGAGGCGGACCUGCCCUCCUCGGUGAAGAAGUCCAGCUCGUCCCCGAAAGAGCAAGCGGGACAACAACAACAACAACAACAACAACAACAACAACAACAACAACAACAACAACAAGCCAAGAGCCACCGAGUGAAACCCAAGAGUGAGUCCAGGGCUGUGAAAGGUGGAUUCAAGAAGCUGUUCGGAGACAAGGCCGCUGCAGAUAAAGAAAGCAGCUCCACAUGCACGUUCAGUGCUGGUGCCCUCGUGUGGGCGAAAUUGGAGGGACACCCUUGGUGGCCAUGCAUGGUGGUACCCCAACCUCUGACUGGUCAGCAGAUGAGAGGCCGCGGCCGAGCACAACGCAUUCACGUCCAUUUCUUCGAUGAACCUCCCACCAGAGGAUGGGUCAGCACCAAAUAUAUCAGAGCGUAUCAAGGCUCUGACAGCAGUGACGCCAAAACCGGCGGGGUGUUCUUCAGCUGCAAGCCUGAGAUCCAACAUGCGAUGGAACUUGCUGACGGAGUCAUGUUCGACAGCCCUGAAAAAAGAAUCCAGAUGCCGCUCUGCACAGACCCAUCUGAUGAUGAAGAUGAGUAUGAAGAAGAGAUGGAGGUCGACAAAUCAACUCUCUCUGAUGAAGAGCUCAGCGAUGAGGAUGACCAGGAACACGAGGAAGAGAAGUCAUCCAAAGUCGGUCGCCGUUCAUCCCGGGCUUCGACAGAAAAGAGCAACAAGGCCAAGCGGCGUCGCAUCAUUGUCGCCUCAGACAGUGACGACUCGGGUGAGGAAUUCAAACCGGAAAAGGCUGUUUCCAGCAGUGAGGAUGAAGUGGAAGAAGGAACAGUGAGUAGUGAAGAGGAGGAAGAGGAGAGCAUGGAUGAGUCCGUGGUAGAAAGCCCCAUCAAGCCUGCGAAGCGCAAACGUCCUGAAGAAAAGUCGGCUGGUGCAAAACCCAAAGUGGCGACUACCCCAUCUGCUGCGCCGAAACGAGCUCCAGCAGCGGUCGCCGCGGACACAAAGUCCCGCUUGUCCGCCUUCUCGGCCCCCGACAGCUUCGACAGCCAAGCAAACGGUUCCGGCGGCGGUGGAGCAGCGACAGUCUGGGACCACGACAACCUGGAAUGGUUGCAGGAAGGACGGAGGAAAGACAAGCAAAGGAGGCGAGACUCCGAGGAGGACUACGAUCCCACCACCCUGUACGUGCCCGAAGACUUUCUGAACAGAACCUCUCCGGGCAUGCGUCGGUGGUGGCAGAUCAAAUCCGAGAUGUUUGAUACGGUCAUCUUCUACAAAGUGGGCAAGUUUUAUGAGCUCUACCACGUGGACGCCGUGAUCGGAGUCAACGAGUUGGGUCUGACCUUCAUGAAGGGGAACUGGGCGCACUCGGGUUUUCCGGAGAUCGGCUUUGGCCGUUUCUCGGACGUGCUGGUCCAGAACGGCUACAAGGUGGCUCGGGUGGAGCAGACAGAGACCCCGGAUAUGAUGGAAACUCGCUGUAAGACCAUGUUCAAGCCCACAAAGUUUGACCGCGUUGUGAGAAGAGAGGUGUGCCGGAUUAUCACUCGCGGAACCCAAACCUACAGUGUGUUGGACGGCGCCCCCUCGGAGAGUCAGAGCAAGUUCCUGCUGAGUGUCAAGGAGAAGGCAGAAGAGGACAGCUCGGGUCAAUGUCGCACCUAUGGAGUCUGCUUUGUAGACACGUCUGUGGGUUACUUUCACGUGGGUCAGUUCCCAGACGAUCGUCACUGCUCACGCCUGCGCACCCUGAUAGCCCACUUUGCACCAGUUGAGGUGCUCUUCGAAAGGGGGAACCCGUCCGCUGAAACACGCAAAAUACUGAAGGCCUCUCUGUCCUCUGCUCUGCAGGAAGGGCUUAACGCAGGAACACAGUUCUGGGAUGCACAGAAGACUCUUAAAACUCUAUCAGAAGAAGACUACUUCAAAGAUACCACCGGCAAGGAGGAGAAGGCUGGAAACCAUUUCCUGCCUCCUCUUUUGAAAAAGAUGACCUCUGAGAGUGAUUCACUGGGCCUGACUCCUAAAGAGGGCUACGAGCUGGCUCUGUCUGCACUGGGUGGAUGCGUUUUCUACCUGAAGAAAUGUCUGGUAGAUAUGGAGCUGCUCUCCAUGGCCAACUUUGAAGAAUACGUGCCUGUCGACGUUGAGCUGGAGAAAGCUGCCGGACCCGCCAGUUUCUUUGCCCAGACUCGUCAGCGAAUGGUCCUCGAUGGGGUGACGCUGGCAAACUUGGAAAUCUUUCAGAAUGGGUCAGGAGGAACCGAGGGGACGCUACUGGAACGUUUGGACACAUGCGCUACCCCGUUUGGCAAGAGGCUGCUGAAGCAGUGGCUCUGUGCUCCGCUGUGUAACCCCAAAUCCGUGAAGGACAGACUGGAUGCCGUUGAGGACCUGAUGGGAGCUCAGGCCCAGGCUACUGAGGUCUCAGACCUGCUGAAGAAACUCCCAGACCUGGAGCGUCUCCUGAGCAAAAUCCACAGCAUCGGAACUCCUCUGAAGGGCCAGGACCACCCUGACAGCAGAGCGGUUCUCUACGAGGAGGUCACCUACAGCAAACGCAAGAUAACAGACUUCCUCUCUGCACUGGAAGGUUUCAAAACCAUGCAGGAAAUCAUUUCUAUCCUUGCUCUCAUGAAGGGAGAAUUCCGCUCCUCGCUGCUCCGUCAAAUCGUCAGCCUGAAAGGUGAGAACGACGGCCUCUUCCCCGACCUCUCUGCCGAACUCCGGCGCUGGGAGACGGCUUUCGACCACCAGAAAGCCCGCACCACCGGUAUCAUAAGCCCAAAACUUGGCUUUGACCCGGAGUACGACCAGUCCCUGACCGGGGUCAAGAACUGUGAACGGGAGCUGCUGGAUUACCUGGACAGACAAAAGAAGAGGCUCGGAUGUAAAAACAUGUCCUACUGGGGAACGGGAAGGAACCGCUUCCAGAUGGAGGUGCCCGACAGCUUCUCCGAUCGGAACAUUCCAGAAGAGUAUGAGGUGAAGUCCACAAAGAAAGGCUGGAAGCGCUACGUGACAAAGGAGACUGAGGAGAUGUUUUCAGAGCUGCAAGGAUUCGAGGAGAAGAGAGACGCUGCCUUGAAAGACUGCAUGAGGAGGCUCUUCUUCAACUUUGACAAAGACUACAGAGAUUGGAAGACUGGUGUUGAGUGCAUGGCAGUGCUUGAUGUUCUGCUGGCCCUGUCACGCUACAGUCAGGAUGGAGACGGACCGAUGACCAGGCCGCAGCUGGUUCUCCCUGAGGGUAACAACCAGGUGGCGCCCUUUGUGGACAUCGUCGGAUCCCGCCACCCGUGUGUCACCAAGACCUUCUUUGGUGACGACUUCAUUCCAAAUGACAUCUUUAUCGGCAGCGACGACACAGACGAGGAGAGAAGCCCCGCGCUGUGUGUCCUGGUCACGGGACCAAACAUGGGUGGAAAGUCCACUCUCAUGAGACAGUGUGGGCUUGUGAUCAUCCUGGCUCAGCUGGGCUGCUACGUCCCUGCUGAGAGCCUGCGCUUCACACCCGUCGACAGAGUCUUCACCAGACUGGGAGCCUCUGAUAACAUUAUGGCUGGAGAGAGCACCUUCUUUGUGGAGUUAAGUGAGACUGCCAGCAUCCUGCACCAUGCCACCAAGCAUUCCCUCGUGCUCCUGGAUGAAUUAGGAAGGGGCACAGCCACAUAUGAUGGCACAGCGAUUGCCAGUGCUGUCGUGAAUGAACUCGCUGAGAAGAUCUGCUGUCGCACCCUCUUCUCCACACAUUACCACUCCCUGGUGGAGGAUUACACCAACAACCCUGCUGUGCGGUUGGGCCACAUGGCGUGCAUGGUGGAGAAUGAAUGUGAGGAUCCAAGUCAGGAAACCAUCACAUUCCUCUACAAGUUCAUCGGCGGUGCUUGUCCCAAGAGUUACGGCUUCAACGCUGCUCGACUUGCAAACCUCCCAGAGGAGGUCAUCCAGUCAGGACACAGGAAGGCCAGAGAGUUUGAGAAGGGCACCCUGAGCCUCAGACUGUUCAAGAAGCUCUGCCAGUUCGCUGAAGAUGCCACUAAGGGCGGCACACACUUUAAUUCACUUGUUCAGAUGCUCAACAGCAUGUAGUUUGUUUAAAAACAACAACAUUGUUUCUGGAUCAUUUGUUUAGUCAGCACUUGAAAAAACACUACUGUAAUGAUCUAAUAAAGUUUAUUUUUAAAAAAGACAAUGUUUCAUCUAGGAAAUUAAACCCCUUUAAUUCACGCUAGCGCCUACAUAACGGUUAUUGAAUACUUCACAAUAUAUUAAGUCUAGAUGUUAUGAUACAUGCAUACAUUUCAGUCUGUAUGAGAACCCACAAUCACCAGUACACAUGAAUGAGAGGUGGGGGGGGGGUGGUGCUGGGGGAAAUGAAACCAUAUAGUGCUGUAUAUAGGUACUUGUCUCAGCUUCAGUAGAGUAAAAGCAUUUUCAAUUCUCCAGUAACGUUGUCAAAUGAGGAACAAACACGUCAGGGUUUGUUGUGCUUUUACAAGACUUGUCGGCUUAUUUUUUCUGAGCCCUAAAUGUAAAAAAUAAAAUCUGUCAUUAAAGAAAUUGUACAUCUUGGCCUUGUAGCAG